AUGGCUGCGAAACGCAAAGCAGAGUACGAUCCCACCAAGAGUGAUUCGGACGAUCUCGACUUCGCCGUAUCCUCUCCACGAUCGCGAACCCAAGCACGCCCGCGUAAGUCGAACAAGAGCUCCCCGCGCAAGCCCACCAAGCGCCGGCGUGAGCGAUACGGCGAUUCCGAAGAGGACAUUGAGAUCGAGAGUGAGGCUUCGAGCGAGGACGAGGGCUCUUUCAACGACAGUGACGAGGCUCCGGUGGAGACAAAUCCGCGAACAGGCCGCGGCGUGCGAUCAGCAGCGAAAAAGGUGGUCAAGUAUGAGGAAGUGAGCGACGAGGAGGAAAUCCCAGCAACCGACAGCGACUCGAACUCAAGACGACGCGCGCCAACUGCAGCACGUAGUAGGCACACCAAGAGAGCGGAUCUCUUGAAGCCAUCGCGUGUUGUAGUAUUGAAGGUGCCCAAUCACUACAUGGACGAGAACAACCGCGUGACGCGCGCACGGCCUGCCAGCAGGAGCCAUCCAAAGCGCGAGCCGACGCCUCAGGGUACAAGUACGCGUAGGAGUAGUCGCAUUUCGCACGACGAAAUAAGGCCGCUGGUUGCUCUGACCGACUCCGGUAAGCACGAGAUCGUCACCCGAACCGCGACCGUGACGCCUGAGCCUCCUCCUAGUCGGCGACCUACGCGAGGCAGCAAGGUACCCAAGAAGCACCCAAGUGCCAUUAUGGAGGCUUCACAGGAGGAGGACUAUGUGGAGCCAACGGUGGAGGGGGAGCAGUUCUUCUCGCAGCUGGAACAGGCAGCUGAGACUGACGCGCCAGAGGCACAAAUAUCCCAUACUACGCCUACGCAUGACAUUCAGAUGGAGUACGCAGACGACGAGGAUGAGAAGGUCGUACAAGAAUCACAGCCAGAUCCAGAUGAUGCAGAAGAGGAGGAUGGCCCGAUCUCUCGUGGGGGCCKGACGCUGCGCACGCGACGCAAAGCAUCGACACCGCCAACUUCACAGCCGGCUGGAAAUGGGCGUAGAUCGCUGCGAAAUCGGAAGUCUGCAUUGGAUCAAAGUAGUGACUUUGAACCAGACGCGGAUGGUGAUGCGGAAGUGGAAGAAGAAAUCUCCGACUCGGAUGACCUGCUCAAGCCUACUACCCGAGGCGGCAGCAGCAAUGGGAACAGCUCCCAAGGUAGAAGAUCAGGCAGACUGGGCAGGAAAGGUACAUCACAUCGAAGCCGCUCGAGGCGCCACGCCUCCGAAGAGGAGGAGCUAGAUGUAGAGGAGAUUGCAGACGAAGCCGCUGAGCUCGACGAAGACAAUCGUCGCAACAGGAAGAGUCGAAAGCGCCCAUCACAACGAGCAGAGAUCGCCUUUGAGCCGAAUCUGCGCCAACGAGCGAACAGACCAGAUUACAGGAUCUUGCGACCCGAGCUUCUCCUCCCCGUAGAGGAUGACGAUGCCCCCGCGGCUACCGGCAUCACGCCUCAGCGGAACCGUCGUGGUGGAGGGGGUCACGUCUACCGCAAUCUGUUCUCUACCUACGGUCCAUUUGGAGGCGCUGGUGGUCCUCCGCCUGUGUUUGGUGGUCCUGACGGAGCUGCUGCUGUUGGGGGUGCAGACUCGGAUAGCAGUGAUGACGAAAUCCCUCGAGCCUACCAACCUGUUGGUGGUGCAGUUGGCAUGACGCCAACGUCAGCUUUCCCCAAGCCUUUCGCGCCGCCGGCUCACAACAGCGACGCUCAGGCAGCUGGAGGCGGUCCAGUCGGACUUGGCAAGGUCACGAACAAGAAGGCGCUCGCCGAUGCAGAUCCUCUUGGAGUUGAUACCAAUGUUACCUUUGACGGCGUUGGUGGGCUUGACCACCACAUCAAUCAGCUCAAGGAGAUGGUCGCCUUACCAUUGCUGUACCCGGAAGUGUUCCAGCGAUUUCACGUAACUCCACCGCGUGGUGUCCUCUUCCACGGCCCUCCUGGUACUGGUAAGACACUUCUCGCUCGUGCGCUGGCUUCUAGCGUGAGCUCAGGGGGUCGAAAAGUCACCUUUUACAUGCGCAAGGGCGCGGAUGCUUUGAGCAAAUGGGUGGGUGAGGCUGAAAAACAACUUCGCCUUCUCUUUGAAGAGGCGCGUAAAAAUCAGCCUAGCAUCAUCUUCUUCGACGAGAUUGACGGAUUGGCGCCAGUCAGAUCAAGCAAGCAGGAACAAAUCCACGCAUCCAUUGUUGCGACGCUUCUGGCACUGAUGGAUGGUAUGGAUGGCAGAGGUCAGGUCAUUGUCAUCGGGGCUACGAACAGACCAGACUCUGUUGAUCCCGCGUUACGAAGACCUGGCCGAUUCGACAGGGAGUUCUACUUUCCUCUGCCCGACCAGGACGGCAGACGGAAGAUCCUYGAUAUCCACACGAAGGGAUGGGACCCUCCCCUGCAAGACCACUUCAAGGACCAGCUUGCUGAGCUUACUCGCGGAUAUGGAGGUGCCGACUUGCGUGCGCUCUGCACUGAAGCUGCUCUGAAUGCCGUGCAAGGGACAUACCCGCAGAUCUAUUCGAGUGACGAAAAGCUCAUCAUCGAUCCGAGMACUAUCAAAGUGCUGGCCAAAGAUUUCAUGAUCUCCGUCAACAAGAUGGUACCUUCCUCAGAGCGCUCCGCCGCAUCUGGAGCUGUGCCGCUAAAGAAGGAGAUUGAGCCGCUUCUGCGUCAGCCUCUGCUUGAGAUUUCCCAACGCAUAGAUGAUAUGAUACCACGAAAGCGCAAAGCUACCGCCUUGGAAGAGGCCAUGUUCGAUGAUCGAGAAGACGAGUUUGGGUUUCAGAAGGAGACUAUGCAGCGGGACUUUGAGGCGUCUCGUGUCUUCCGGCCCCGUCUCUUGAUCAAAGGCGUGGAGGGCAUGGGUCAGCAGUACUUAGGUGCUGCUCUACUGAGCAAGUUCGAGGGUCUGCACGUGCAGAAUUUUGACCUGCCCACGCUGCUCAAAGACUCUACAAGGUCACCCGAAGCUGCCGUCGUCCAGUUGUUCGAAGAGGUCAAGCGGCAUAAGCCGAGCGUCAUUUACAUUCCCAACAUCAACAUCUGGUAUGAAACGAUCCCAGAUGCUGCCAAGAGAACGUUUGUCGGUCUACUCCGAAGUCUGCCUCCCACGGACCCAGUCCUGCUUUUGGGGAUAUUGGAGCACGAAUUUGGCAUCGAAGAGCCCGUCAACCUUAACAUGCUUCGCGAGCUUUUCGGCUACUCCGGCAAGAACCGAUUUGAGCUCGUCCGUCCGUCAGAGGAGGCACGCAAAGAGUUCUUUGGGGGCAUCAUCAAUUUGCUCCGCAAGCCACCGACGGAAUUCCCGGACAACAACAGAAAGAAGCGCAAACUCGCGGUGCUGCCAGUGGCACCUCCAGCAGAACAGCCCACGGGGCCCACCAAAGCGGACCUCAAAGCGCAAAAGAAGAAAGAUUACCAGACCCUCAACCAAUUGAAGCUUCACAUUCAACCUGUCAUGGAGCAGAUCAAACUGAAGUACAAAAAGUUCCGGACGCCCGUCGUCGACGAGGCCGCCAUCGGGUACCUCUACGACGAGCAAGAUCCGCAGGUCCUCACCACUGAUCUGACCGAGGAGCAAAAGCAGCAGCAACAGCUGUUCCGACCCUAUGAGAUUGAGAAGGAUGACAAGGGCGUGCUUGGCCUGCGGGAGAUCGCGACUGGAAAGUUCUACUACAAUCUCGAGAUAGUAACUAUUGAGAAACGUCUGUCGAACGGAUACUACAAGCGACACCGGGACUUCACGGCGGACAUCAAGCGCCUUGCAAAGGAUGCAAGGACAUCUGGAGAUCCGGACAGAGUUCUAAAGGCGAACGAGAUGCUAGCAAAUGUCGAGGUCGACAUGGCCGGCAUUGAUACGCACCACCCGGCCUUUAGCGCUGAGUGUGAUGCUGUCUACGAGCGCGAACAAGCGCGAGAGAAAGCACGUCUGCAGGCCAUGGGGGAUCUUGGAGCCCCUGAUGAGCGGGUUCCUCUCAUUAUGCCCAACGUACCUCCACCACACGCCUCAAACACUACAACCGAGGACUCUGGACCUGUUGUGCUUGGGCAAGAGGUUCCUGGACGUCAGUUAUUCCCAAUCACGCCACACCGUGUCAUGCACUUUGGCCAACGGAACAAUUUGAAUGGCAGCCACCCGUCAGAGCAAACCAAUGGCUCUACAGCACCCUCAAACUCGCAUGAGGAUUCUGAGAUGCUAGACAACCAUGCCGAGGUUCCAAUCCAGUCACAUCAGCAUCAGCAUCAGCAUACGCAAAGCCAGAACCGAUACUCGCAAGUGUCCGCCCACACCCACAUUGCACACGGUUCACAGUUGGACCAGUACCAAAACGAUGCGUCAACUACGACAUCGGGCCAAAAGACAAGCGACCGAAGCAGCGGUCCAUUCUCCAUCCACACCCAGAGCACCGCCAACGGCUUCCCCCCUGGAGAGCACCCGGAUCUUGCGCUUCUCGGUCCCGCACAGCAUGGCAGUCAAAUACCCGACACACAGGAACCCUCUGCUGCCUCUCAGCUCUCGCAACCGUCGCAGUCGUCCCCGCCGCAGAAUAUGGCGCCUCCUCGCCAGAGCACGCGCGCUUCUAGUAUCAACGCGCUGCUCAACGAGCCCAUUCAACCACAACAGCAACUCCUCCUCGACGAGAGUGCGCUGCAGAAAUUCCACGCUGAACUCACAGAGUGUAGCAGUGGACUGUCCCUCGAGCAGAUGGAACAGGUCAAUGCUAGUAUCAUGGACGUGAUCUGGAAGCAGCGGGGGGACUGGAAUCGGAACCAUGUAAUGCUUGCGGCACAAACUGUGUUCAACGACACGGUGGAGGAUAUUGAGAGUAUUCAGGGCAUCCUGGACCCCAGUCAGAAGCAGAGGCUGAUGAGAGGCAAAUAG